AUGAGUAACGUUUCCCUUGAAAAAGCUAUCGAGCUUAUGACUUCACGCCACACCUCUCAGCUAAAAGACAGACAUGCAGCCAUGGUCCGAAGAAUAUGCUCAACAAAAUCUCAGUAUGCUGAAGGGUUUUAUUAUAAAGACCUCGACAAAGUCAUAGAGAUUAUCAAACUCUUGAAUAAAGGUAUAGAAGAAGGCAGCAAAGAAUUAGUGGAGCCUCUAUGCAGACUUAUCAACCACUGCAAAAUCCAAUUCCGAAAAGAGCAAAUGAGUGAUGAAACUCUUUAUGUCCCAAAACUCCCAGAAUUUUUAAAUGUUCUUUACCCAAUACUAAAGCCAGAAAGAGAGCCAAUAAAAGAGCUUUUACUGUGCGUCUGCAGCUUUAUCACUGAUUUCGCCAAAAAAGAUAUAGCAACAACUGCAGAAAAAAAUGCAGCUGAGAGCUCUUUGUCGAAAUCCAAAAGGUCAAAGUCUUUAGACAACUGGGAAACCAACGUGCUAGCAGUGAUAAAAACGAAUGGGACAAAAUACCUUAAAGCAAUUGCAGCUACAGAGCUUCCAGAAGGCCUUGUCCAUAUUUUAGCAGACAAUGUUACAGAAAACGAAAUUGCAGCACAAACAGUGAGCGCAAUGCUCGCACUUUCUAUGUAUGCCCCAUUAGCAAGUAAAAUUGGAGAGCUUGGGGUUUUAAAAGACCUUGUAGUUGUGAUAUGUAACCAUCCAAAUUUUAGAGACCCAUUGGUAAAUUUAUGUAUUGAGUGUAUUUGGAAUAUCCUUGAACAAUCAGGCGACGAAUGCAUAGAAACACUUGCAAGAGAAGAACUUAUCAUUUCACUCAGAUGGUGCUUACAAAGAGUUAUAAAGGAAGGCUACAAGCUGACUGAUAGAAAACUGAGAAACGAGCUUAUGAUUUUAAUUUCUGCUGUUGUGGCAUGUCCAGAAACCCAUGCUUUCUUUUUAAGCAGAGAAGAGUCCCCUGAAUGUUUUUUGGAAGAAUUAAUUAAAUUCAGUUCAUAUGAUGAGCUAAAUCUAGCAGUCGCAGGGACCACAAGUACGAUUUCUGCGAAUAAAGCAAUGUGGGGGGUUGAGCCAGAAGAUUUAGAGCUGAAAAAGCUGCUAUGGACCUGCACGUCAAGAAUAAUCUCUUCCAAGCUUGAUGCGGCAAUUGAAGUAGUCGUCAACAGUGACUUUUUGCCAGCCCUGCUACUUUAUUUAGACCCAAGCCAAAAAAACCAAGCCAUUUCUCGAUGGCAGCAGCCCCAGCUUAAAGAAAUCCAAAUGCAUGCACUAAACACAAUUUUCCAUAUUUUGCCUAUUUUCCCUGAACAUUUCCAGCAGCAAAAUGGAAAUUACUGUCUGGUCCAUUUUCUGUCGUCUUAUAGUGAUAAUGAAAGAAAGCUCGCCACGUUAAAAGCGCUGGAAGUGGCCUCACAAUUUCAAGAAUUCAAGACAGAGCUGGCAGAAGAAGGACUUUUUGAUACUUUGCUAGACAUUGUGCAGAGUGAAGCUGAUUACCCGCUUUUUGCAAGAGAACUUGCCUUGUCAAUCAUAUCAAAUGCCUGCAAAAACUGCAGAGAAAACCAAAAAGAAAUCAGAAGAAAAGGCUGGAUUGAGCUGAUUAAGGCAAACAUAAAGCCGAUGCCACCAAUAGUGACUGGGGAGCCUGACCAAUUUUUAUUGGCAGUUUUGGAUUGCUUGUGGCAUGCGAUUUUGCAAAAUAAAAGAUCGACUCUUCAUUUUAUUGAUAUAGAAGGAAUUACUGCUUUGCUUGAUUAUUUAGAUGAAUGCUUAGAAGUCCACAGAAGAAUCGCAAUCAGCUGCCUAUGCCAUUUAUUGAAAAUUUCACGUGCCAAAGCUGCAUUUUCAAGCUGAAACUCCAAAAAGAACAUGGCAAACGCGUCGCAGUUAUUAAUAAGAAUAUACGAAGAGGAAGAAAAAAGACUUGGCGUUGCCUAUGAUGUAGACGGUGUUUUAAAAGACCCAAGGAGGCCACUAGCUUAUUCACAAUCAAAUAAUACCAAAGGCUUUGAAACCCUCAAAGAGACCUUAGAAGCUGCAGACCAGCAAAGUGAAGUCUCAAUUCUCAGGAAAAAACAGCUUGAGUUUGCAAGAAAACGCGACCUAAGGGCUAGUAUUUUUUGCUGCCUAUCUUUAGCUGAUGUAAACAGCGUUGAUUUAUUGCCAAAAGAAAAGCAAAAACUUGAAGUAAUCCGCAUGUAUCCUGAUUUUAGGAAAGGAGAACUUUUCUUAGACAUUAAAAAUGAACUUGAAACCUUAGGGAUAAGGCCUACUCAAGACGACGGAAUUUGGUUGAACCAAUGCUUGGAUGAAGCUUAUGAGCAGGCAACAAAUACAAUUAAAAACCAAAGUAUGAUUGCCAAACAGCAUAAAAAUGAGGAAGAACAGUCUUUGGUGGAGUUUUAUAAAACAAUUAUGAGGUCUGGGGCUGUUGGGGCUAAAAGCUAA